AUGCCGGCCUCCGUGCGAGCACCAGCGCUGAGGGGGGCGCCCGGCCCCACACUUGGCAGCCUCCACGGGAAGGUGCAUGAACGCUCAACGGGCCGUGCUCCGGUGACGCACAGGGCUCAUGGACAGACAGCUGCGAGGUGUGAUUCAGAACUUGCAGUGAUCCUGCAUUGGAUACUUUCGUCCAACUGGCAAAGUAUCACUGGAUUGCUUGAGCACACCAGAAAUGCGAAAUACGACUGCAGUGGAGUUUGGACAAAGCAAAACAGUUUUUGGCGCAUCAUCUUGUGA